CAGUACAGAACCCGUGUGACCGGCAGCAGUUCUGGCCUUUUUAUUUGAACUUAGUUUUAUAAAAAUAUAUAAAUGACUUAAUUUCAGGGGUUAUGACGGAAAUAUUUUCAUCUUUGUUCGGACAAAAUGAUGCACAGCCACCCACGGGGCCGACGGCGAUGGGGUUCGCCCCCGGAAAACCUCCGCCGCCUAUGCCGCCCAACCAAGCGCCUGUGGCGGCUCAUAUUCCAGCACAGCACGCGGAUGAGGGGCCUACACUGCGAAAACCCGGAGCCAUGAACGAACCUUUCUAUUUACUACGAGAACUGCCUGUUGGAAACGACCUGACGGGAAACACGAACCUCAUUACGCACUAUAAUCUGGAACACGCGUAUAAUAAAUUCUGCGGCAAGAAAGUGAAGGAGAAACUGAGCAACUUCUUACCAGAGUUACCAGGUAUGAUAGACUGUCCAGGGGUUCAAGAUGGCAGUUCUCUGCGCUCUCUCAUAGAAAAAAAUCCGGUCUGUGGAAACUCUUUCAGUCCACUGACAGGAGCUCUACUCACUGGAUUUAGACUACACACUGGCCCGCUUCCAGAGCAAUACAGACUGAUGCACAUACAGCCGCCAAAGAAAAAGAGCAAACACAAACACAGACAUCAUCGACCGCAGGAUCCUCUACCACCAGAAACCCCUUCAGAUUCUGAUCCCAAGAAGAAGAAGAAAAAGAGGGAUGAUGACCCUGAUCGCAAGAAGAAAAAGAAAGACAAAAAGAAAAAAAAGAAUCGACACAGUCCUGAUCAUCCUGGUCUUACUGGAUCUCAAACCAACAGCAACAGCCUGAGAUAGAACGUGUGUGUGUGUGUGUGUGUGUGUGUGUGUGUGUGUGUGUGUGUGUGUGUGUGUGUGUGUGUGUGUGUGUGUGUGUGUGUGUGUGUGUGUGUGUGUGUGUGUGUGUGUGUGUGUGUGUGUGUGUGUGUGUGCGCGCGCGCGCGUGCGUGCGUAUGAAAGCAUGUUGAACAGUGUUAGAGACCCUGAUAUGGACCAGUGUGUUUGACUGAUGUUUACAAAGACUUGAUUGUUGAAGAUGUAUGCCAUUUUUUUUUUCUGAAUAUAAAGAAAAUAUGAAUCAAUAAACUUUGUUCUUUA